UGUACUGUACACCACAGUUUCAGCAGGCACUUUCAAAGGUCUGACCGGUCGACUCACAGCAGUGGCACAGGAAAAGCAAAGUGCAUGAUGGUCAAAAGCAAAACAACUGGAAAGAGAGAGUGGAAUAGGAGGGAGAAGAUCCCAGGUGCAAGGUGGGAUUCCUCCGCCAUGGCAGAUGUCAUGUCACCCAAAAGGUACCACAAUGAUCUGAAGCAGCCAUCUUCGGCCCCACAUCCAUCCACAUCAGCUGAUGUGAGGACCACUCAGCAACGAUCAUACCAAUCUAAAGUUUCCACUCACCACUCACUUCGCUCCACCAUCACCAGUCCAAGAAAGAAAUGUAAAAAGAGUGGAUACAAUUUUUCCUGGAGGAGGGAACGUGUGUAUAAGAAAGGCAUAAACAGUCAGUCCAGAGUGAGGUCCAAAAAUAUGAAGCAGUGGACACCCUCCAGAUAUUCAACCUCCAGCUGUGAAUCAGUCCAGGGAACACCAGUUCAGUUUAUCAGCGGAGCCGACAUCCCCAGCCGCCAGUGGGUCUACUAUCAUUCUUACAUUGGCAAUGAGACACGCAGCAUCGAGUUCAAAAAAGGUGGAGUGUAUUAUUUGCAGAGGUUUUUGAGCAAAGAUAUUUGCAUCUAUGGCUGUGCCUUCCUGAACAGCGGGGGAGGGAGUUUGCUAGUCGGAGUAUCGGACAAUGGGAUUGUUUGCGGUGUGCACAUUAGCCAUAAAAAUGAGGACAACACCCGCCUGCUUGUAGACAGGAUUGUGAAAAGAUUCAAACCUCCUCUCCUCCCCUACAACUACAACCUGCAAUUCCUGCCUGUGGUAAAGCCUGGGGAGGAGGGGCACCACCUCAAGUUGCUGUGCCUCACCUUCAGAGCUCCUCCAACCUGCAUUGAACCAACCCUCUUUCAGAUUGAGGGGAGGGUAUACAUGAGACUAGAUGGGAGUGUGCAGGGGCCUUUAAGUAUCUCUGUUAGCCUAGAGUGGUACAGACAGAUGUGGACUGCUAAAAUGCAGCAGUUGGAGCAGAGUGCGCAUGAAGCAAUUUCUGAGAUCUUCUCCUUAAACAGGCAGGUCCGCUGGCUAAUCCAAUUCCUCACAAAACAGUGUGAGAGUGUUGCAUCACAACAGCCACAGAUGAACACUGCAAGGCAAAGCUCAUCAGCCAGUGGUUCCCUGUCUCGAGUGGAAACUCCAGAUGCCAGGCCAACUCACAACACAGGAGUUCUAGAUCUGGCAGUGGAAUCAGAACACCACCAGAUGUGAAUUUGUCUGGCUGUGAGGUUUGGCUGUAAUGCACCCAAUAGCAAAAUAAACUAAACAAC